UGUGCCCGUUUGCAUUUGGCAUCUUUCGCUUGCCGCGUGUAGAAUAGUGAUCUCGAACGACAUGUCGUCGGUGACCACCGUGCUGGCGUGCGGCUUGACGCACAUGGAGCUACAUCGCACUGCGGGCUACAACCAGCGCAACUACUGGUGCUCGACGGCACUAGCAGCGCUCGACCCGUCCGACCCUCGCGUGCCACAUUGCCAUCAUCAUGCUGCGACCAAUCUGUACUUCGGUGUCCGCGUCAACGUGCGUGGCCAUUUGGAGUGUUCAUCCAAGGACGGUGCCGCGUGCCAUGCGCGCGCUUUGACGUUUGAGGGCUGCAUGGCGAGCCUCAGGACGACCUCCGAUGCCAUCCACCUGUGCCCACUCGUGUGUACGCAAGCCCAGUACUCUGACAGCGGCCACUGGUGCACGUUGCUGGAGCAACUGACAACGCGUCCGUCGACAGCUUACCUCCGACCCCUUCUCCGUGGAGGUGUCUUCGGGGAUCUCCACCGCCGGCGCCAUGCGUUGGCAUGGCCCGCAUCGUGCGGCGGUGCAUGUGCCAUGGAAGCGGCUGUAAACAACUACUUCGCCGAACGCAAGGCCAAGCUGGGUUGGUGCGGUGGCCGACCGCCAUCGGCUCUGCUUGUGCCCACGGAGGACGCCACCGACACGACCGGCGCCGUGUUGCGCACCUUUCAAAUCCCGCACGACAGCGAUGUGAAGCACGUCCACGUUCAGCUCGGACAAAGCCCCACGGCCUCGGUGACACUCGAAAAGUACAAGAUGCAGCACCUCGUCGCCAUCAAAACCCUGCGCUCGGGUGUGAGUGCAGCUGCCCGCCACGCGUUUGUCCAUGAGCUGCACGUGCUUGCCAGCAUCUCGUCUCCGGUGCGUGCUGUGGGGACUCUCGUAGCCACCCAUCGUGUGUCGAUCCGCAUGGUCGGUACUCGAUGGAUUGGCAAGAGCCUACUUGACCUCGCGGAGGCGCUCGUGCACUUGCAUGCGAUCGAUCGGGUGCAUGGGCAGUUGAUCUCGCGCCACGUGUUGCUGGAUUCGGUCAACGGCACCAAAGUGACAGGCGUUGGAAGCCAGCACGCGUUGGACCGCCUUGCCCAACACACCGCGCCGACAUCGGCGUCGGACAUGUAUUCAUUUGGCGUUUUGUUGUCCGAGUUUGGCACCCACCGCGACGCAUAA